AUGACUACCAAUCCUUUUCCUCACGCCAUCACACCCUCGCAAUCCGCUUCUCAAGAACAACCUCAACAACCACCAUCUCAACCUCGAUCUGAAUCUCCAUCCCCAACUCCAUCUCAAGCAACCUCAAGCAUCGAUAUAUCAAAUCCAAUGCAACAUUUCUAUUCCCCGCUUCUUUCUUCUCCUCCCCUGGGUUCAUCGCCUGCUUCGGUUAUCUAUGCUCCUCUUCCCUCGCACUCACAGUCACAGACACAGACACAGACACAGGUGCAGUCGGAGGCACAGUCGUGUCUGCACUUGCAGCAAACUCUCGCUCCACCGCCUUUUCAUUCCUCGCAUCACCCACUACAAAACCCCGUUUCGCAAAACUGCAUUCCGCAAAGCCAACAAGCUACUCAUCUUCCACCACCACCACCACAACCACAACCACGACCACAUCCCCUCCUUAGCCCAUUUAUCCCGCCACCUUCCUAUCAAAAUACCUCCCCUCAUCUCCCCCGUUUCUCCAUGCCCAUCUCUGAAUCCUCGCUUUCUUCGGAUGAUUCGGAAACUGAAGCUGAGGAAGAUAGAGGAGAUGGUGGUGGUGGAGGUGGCAGAGGGAGAAUAAGUGGUCGACGAGAAAGGAUGACAUGGGAAGAACAUGAAGAAGAAUUGAAGAUUCAGAGGGCAAAGAGGAUGUGUGCUUGGUUUACGGGGGUGAUGGUUGUAGGGUUGGUGGGGGUGGGAGGCGUGAGGUGGUGGGUUUAUGGGUAG